UGGUCACAUGGGGCGGCGUAGGCUGGCGGUCGAGAGCUGGCUGGGCUGAGGGCCGCGGGGCCGGCCUCCGGCGUGAGGGAUGGGGCUGCCGGCGGUAUAGGGGCCAUGCCGCCCGGGCCCCGGGCUUCCCCGGUUCCGCGCCCCGGCUGCCGCGCAUUGCGGCCGCGCCGGCAUGGUGAACCUCGCGGCUAUGGUGUGGCGCCGGCUCCUGAGGAAGAGGUGGGUGCUCGCCCUAGUCUUCGGUCUCUCGCUCGUCUACUUCCUCACCAGCACCUUCAAGCAGGAGGAGAGGGCAGUGAGAGAUCGGAAUCUUCUCCAGGUUCAAGACCAUGAUCAGCCCAUUCUGUGGAAAGUGCAGUUUAACUUGGGCAAUAGCAGUCGGCCCAGCAACCAGUGCCGGAACUCCAUUCAAGGGAAGCACCUCAUCACAGACGAACUGGGAUACGUUUGUGAGAGGAAGGAUUUGUUGGUGAAUGGCUGCUGUAAUGUCAACGUCCAGAGCACCAAGCAGUACUGCUGUGAUGGCUGCUUGCCCAACGGCUGCUGCAGCGCUUACGAGCACUGCGUUUCCUGCUGCCUGCAGCCCAACAAGCAACUUCUCUUGGAGCGGUUCCUCAACCGGGCAGCUGUGGCAUUCCAGAACCUCUUCAUGGCAGUCGAAGAUCACUUUGAAUUGUGUUUGGCUAAAUGCAGGACCUCAUCCCAGAGCGUGCAGCAUGAGAACACCUAUAGGGAUCCCAUAGCAAAGUAUUGCUAUGGAGAGAGCCCUCCCGAGCUCUUCCCGGCGUGAUGGG